UGGUGGAGUUGAUGUACAAGAAGGCAAAGCAAGAGAUCAGUUACACUCUUGUUUUGGAAAUUCAGAUGGUUAUGAGUGUUUUUGCCACUGCCUUUUGCACUAUCGGCAUGAUAAUUAACAAUGAUUUCAAGGUAAUUGGAAGAGAGGCAAGGGAAUUCGGGCUGGGGGAAUCUAAAUACUACACCUUGGUGAUUAUCACUGCAAUGAUCUGGCAGUGUUUCUUCGUGGGAGCAAUCGGAGUCAUCUUCUGUGGCUCGUCUUUGCUGUCUGGGAUCAUUAUUGCAGUUCUAAUUCCAGUGAUUCAGAUCCUAGCCGUGAUUUUUUACCGGGAAAGUUUUAAAGCCGAGAAGGGGGUUUCUCUAGCACUCUCCCUUUGGGGUUUCAUCUCCUACUUCUACGGCCAGAUAAAGCAAAACAAGAAGAAAAAGAAACAAACUCCAAAGACAGAAAUGCCUUCACCCCCUAAUCCAUGACACUUCCUUCUUUUUCCUUUUUACCCUAGUUAUAUAUAUAUAUAUAUAUAUAUAUAUAUAAACGUUGUGUCCGGUUGAUGGUUUUAUGGGGAAAUUGCUCGACAAGAAUCAUCAUCAUUACGAGAACUUAUGCUAGCUAGCUAGCUAGUUUAGUUCUAGUUUUUCUAAAAUCUGAAAAUAUACGCUUGUAAUUUUAGAAUAUGUACUUUUUGCAGGUAAAUUUUUGGAAGAAAAUUAUAAACAUGAAAAAUUUUU